AAAUGUCAGAAUUGAUUUGUAGUGAAUUUUAAAGUGAAUUCGGGAUUCUCUUAACUAUUUUUUUGAAGAAUAAUGGAAAUGCCAACAAAAAGUCGUUUGAAGAGCAUUCAUGACUUAUUUUAAUUAUUUAUUAAAUUUUCUUUCCUUAGAUUCCAUGAAAAAUUAUCGAUAAAUCAUGAUUGCUUUUCAGACCUGCAAAGACACUUCAGAUGUUGUUCCACUGUAUAUUCCCCAACAAUUAUUUUUGAAACCGGUUGCAAAAAUAAAUGUGUCCUUACAACUCCCCAAUGUUGUAAAAAGUGGGAAGAGUAUAUCUUAUUUAGAAAUUAUGGAAAAAUUACGUGACCUUCUGAAACCACAAGAAUUCAGUUCAUUAAAAGUAUCGAAAAGUACUUUAGAAUUCGUCCGUUUUGAAGCUGAAGUCGCUUCCAAGAAAAAGGUGGAUGCAGCGGUACUCAAGCUCAAUAAUAAAACUAUAAAACUAAAGAAUUUUUCCGAACUGAUGAGAGUUAAGGCAUGUAUUGCGAAGAGCGAUUUUCCUAAUCGUCAAGUUUGGGAUGGGUUUUUCAACGAAGCGAAGGAUAUGAAUGAAUCUAAACCUGGAGAGAGACCUGACACUGUUCAUAUAUCAAACUUGCCAAGCAAAUGGUUUGUCCCCUACCAUUUGUUAGAUGAAGACGACUUACUGCCUUCUGAGAAACUAUUUUACAAAAUUUUCGAGAAAUUUGGUCCAAUUAGGUAUGUAGAUAUUCCCAUUUGUGAUCCCUAUCGCAAUAAAAUGAAGGAUCAUAUAUCUGGAAUAAAAACUUGUUCAUGGGAAAACAGGACUAUGUUUGAGGGAUAUGUGCAAUUCAGAGAUUAUAUGGGCUUUUCAAAAUGCAUGGAUUAUUUGAGAGAUAUGAAAUUGCUGCAUAAAGAAGAAGAUGAGGCAUUUGCUGUUGAUAUAAAAGUAGAUUUUGAUAGAUCUAAGCACCUUAGUGAAGCAUCGAUUCGUAGGCGAGAAAUUGUGAGGGAUCGAUUGGUGAAAAAACAGAGAGAAAAAGAAGAGAAGGAAAAGAAUGAAAUGGAAGAAAAAAGGAGAAAGGAGGAAGAAGAAAAGAAAAAAGAACUGUCUGCAAAACAACAAAAAGAACAAAGAAGAAGACUGAGAGAAGAAAAACGAAAAGCAGCUAUUUUGGAGAAACUCAAAAUCAAAAGUGCAGAUGAAAUAAAUGCUAAAAUUGCUAAAGAAGAGAAAAAGUUGCUCAAGGCUCAGAGAAAACUGGAGAGUAUUAGGCUCAUCGAGGAACUGUUCAGAAGGAUCAAAGAAAAGAGGGAAAUUGAGGAGGUAAAUUCUUAUAAUAUUGAAAGAAGCAGAAAUGCAGACAGUGAGCUGAGAAAGUACAAAUACACAAGUGAAAAAGAACUGCUCGAUCAAAAACAAAAGUUGCACAAUGUCCUUCAAGGAAGGGCAAUGCUGAAAACAGUCUUAAAAGGUGGAAAGCACGAAUUUUCUUCCUCCAGUUCCGAUGAAGAACAGCUUCCUGGACAGUCAAGUGACAAAGGGCCUCCCCAUCCUCUGAAAAGUAUACCUUCUGAUAAUAUUUCCGGCGAUAUUUACCAAGAACCGUUAUUAUAUGGUUACCCCUACCAUAUGCCAGCGUUGUACCAUCCACCCAAUAUUAGGGGACAUCCAGCAUUCAAUAUGUUCCCAACAAGAGGCAGACCAGGGUUUUACAAAGGGCCUCAGUAUCCUUCAGCUUCUAGAGGUAGUUAUUUCAAUAGAAGAUCUAGGGGUUAUAAACCUCACAACAGGGGUAGAUAUAACGGUGGAAGAAAUCAGUAUCCUCCAGAACUAGAGGAAGAAUACAUCAAAUAUUUCUCAAAAUUCUUGGAUAACGAAGCAGACCUUCCCAGAGUUAGAUCAAGGUCCAGAAAUAGGAGGAGUAGAUCUCGUUCCAGGCACAGGUCAUAUUCUAGAAGUAGCUCAAGGUCUUAUUCCAGACAUAGAAGAACCAGAUCUAGAUCAAAAAGAAGAUCAAGAUCAAGAAGCAGAAGUAGAUCAUAUUCGAGACAGAGAUCAAGGUCCAGAUGUAGAAGAUCACGAUCUCCAUCAAGGGCGAGAUCCAAAAGAUCACGAUCCCAGUCAAGACCGAGAACUAGAAGAUCAAGAUCUCAAUCCAGGUCAAGAACUAAAAGAUCACGAUCUCGAUCAAGAUCGAGAACUAAAAGGUCACGAUCUCAAUCGAGGUCUAAAAGAUCACAGUCCCAAACGGAACCAUCCAGGUCUGGAAGAUCGAAAAGGAGCACAUCCAGGCGUUCACAGAUGUCCGGAAGAACGCCAGAAUCAAAUUCGAAAAGAGUUGAAGAUGCUAAUGAAUCUAAUUCUCAAGGUAGGGAUUCUGUAGACAGUAGUAAAUUUAUAUCGCCAAAUAGGAUGAGGAAGGAAAGGUCGAAAUCUUGGUCCUUACCAAGGGAAGAGGAUAAAAAGAAGAGAGACUCUUGGUCUAGAUCUCCUGAAAAAAAGAAACUGUAAUGUGCUUUAAAAAAAAGUUGUAAAAGAGGAAGAGUAAGCUUCCAACAAUUUUUUUCAAAUUUAUAAUAUGUAUCCAAAAUCCUUAGAUAAGUUCCCAGGAUGACAUUGAGGAUAUUAAGAGUUUUUUUACAUAGUAGUAUAUUUAAGUAAAAAAGAAUGAAACGUUAUUUUAAGAAGGAGUAUAAUCUGUUUCCGUUUUUUGUUCAAUGAAUGUUCCCAAUGAAAAAUGCUGCAUACCUUUAUGGUUGUACAAAUUACAAAUUCAUAUUUUUGAAUGAAUAUAACGCAGAUAAAAAAAAU